AUCAUCCAGCGCCUUUCUCCACCAGCUGCUUCUGCGCCAUUGGCGUAACAUGCCCCAAGAUGGCGUCGCGGUCGUCGUCGUUGGCGGCGGUGGCCGGAGCGCUGGCAGCAGCUGCAGUGCCGACGUGGGAAGAGUUGAGAGGGGGAAUAAGGCGGCGGACGGCGGGUGGCAGUAUUAGGAGCCAGUAGCGGCUGCAGAGAGGGUCUCCCUUCCCUCUCGGUUGGUGUGUGUGAGACAGAGACUCUCCGGGAUAGCGGGUCUCCGCACCGCGUCCCCCCGGGAGACCCCCGCCUUCCCCCGCGCGGAGCCGACACCCUUUCCUCGGCCCAUCCCGCUGCUGUCUCCUUGGUGGGUCUUCCCACCCCUUUCCGCGAGUGGAGGAUGAUGAAGCUCAAGUCCAACCAGACUCGCACCUACGACGGGGACGGAUACAAGAAACGGGCGGCUUGCCUCUGCUUCCGCAACGAGAGCGAGGAAGAGGUGUUGUUAGUGAGCAGUAGUCGUCAUCCAGAUAGAUGGAUUGUCCCAGGAGGUGGUAUGGAGCCUGAGGAGGAGCCCAGUGUGGCAGCAGUGCGGGAAGUUUGCGAAGAGGCUGGAGUGAAAGGGACAUUAGGAAGAUUAGUAGGAAUUUUUGAGAACCAGGACAGAAAACACAGAACAUAUGUUUAUGUACUUAUUGUAACAGAAGUAUUGGAAGACUGGGAGGACUCUGUGAAUAUUGGAAGGAAACGGAAAUGGUUUAAGAUAGAUGAUGCCAUAAAAGUUCUGCAGUAUCACAAACCUGUGCAGGCCUCAUAUUUUGAAACGUUGAGGCAAGGUGGUUUGGCUAACAACGGCACUCCUGUUGUGACCACAUCGUUCUCAAAUGAGAGUGCACUGUCUGACAUCAGAUGACUGAAGAUAGCCCUAUAAGAGAAACAGAUUUUGAAAAGGAGACUGAAACUUGGCUUUUCCUUCCCCCCCUCCUGUUCUUGCCUCUUUCACAUGCUUCCUCUGUCAGACAUGACAUCUGCAGCAGCCGUUGGCAGAGCAAAUGUUUUGAGUGUGCAUUCUAGUGCAAAGUGGGGUUUUCUUGCUUUUUCUUGGAUAUGUAUUUUGUAAAACACAUCUUGUGCAUGAAGUGCCCCUUCCCUUUUAACAAAAUGUUGACAACCUGAAGGUCAAGGCUGCUAGCUUCACGUCUACCUUGUCUUCUGAAAUGUCCCUAUGUAUAUUGUCCCAGCCAUAGCCAGGCCUCUUAUCUUUUUUCAGUUAAAGAAGGCUGAAAAUGUGAGAUCAGUUCUUUUAAGUCUUAGAUUUUGUACAGUAAGGUGCUCUUGAGAUCUGUGUGGUGGUCACUUUCUCAGCACAUGCAUGUAACGUUUUUUAGAUGGAGAAACCUAACACUUUGAUUUUGCAGGUUUUUUUUUAAAAAAAUGGGCUGCUUCUAUAAAGGAGAGCUUCAUAAUCUUGUUUGCCUUUUUUUUCUUAAAAAGAAACUUAUUUUGUGAUAGUGCUAGUGGCUGGGCCAGUUUGACACCCUGCACCCCACUCUGAUCCAAAUCUAGUGCAGCGACACUUAAAGGAGAAGGCCAAGUUACAAUAACUUGUGAGACAUCCUUGGUGCUCCAUUCUUUCUACAAUUUCAGCCAAUAUGUCAUCCAGCAAUGAACAGAAACACAAGGAAUUGGUCGCCACACACUCAAAAGCAUAUGGCCUCAGAAACUAAAUGAAUUCCAGCCUCAGUAAAUAGGAAUCAGGGAUUCAAAAUGAGUUCUAAAACUAGUGAACUGGAGCAUCAAGCCACCAAUGCUUUCUGCUGGUGUGGAAUGCUUUCUCUUCCUGCUGCACACAGCUGAUAUCUCUUCUUGUCCACAUGCCUUACACCAUACUAAACUGGAUGUUGUAAUUUGUGCUACAACAGUGGAUUGUACUUGAUUGCCACUGCAUGGUGGGACAGCUGCAUUAUGUCCCUUGGAAGAAGUCCCAGGGAAAAACUUCAGGUGUCCAAUCUGUUUUGUAGCAUUGCAACACUUGUAAAUGCACCACGGAGCAUGCUCAGAUGUAAACUUUAUUCCUCAGUGGCAAAGGUACAACUGGCUCCAAAUCAGAAAUGGUAAUGUGGAGAACUGUGUCAUUUAAUAGGAUAGCAACCUGAUGCAUUGGCACAUGUCAUAUUUUUGUUUCUAUUGAUGUAUGUUCAUGCUGUCUUGAUUUGCCAACAGUGUUGUCUAGUUGGGAGAUUUUUGAAAGGGUUGUGGGCGGGGGUGGGCCUGGGGAAGGUUUUGGGGAGGGGCAUUAGUUAAUCCCUGGCUUGGGACAGGACCUAGUUGCUAUAUUUGGUGACUUCUUCUUUGUCAGAGUAUAGCCAAGAUGUGAAAUUAAAUCUGCAGUACUCUAUGUAAUUUAUAAUUCUCUUCCUGUUAUACUUAACAGCAUAAAAAAUAUCCCGCAGCAUGAAGUAAAAAUAUACUUUCUACUUUGGAAAGUUGCUGUCAAAUUUGAGAUUCAGUUCUGUUUCUUUUCUUGAAUUCCCUGCUUUUAGUGAAUGGGAUAGCAUUCCAUAGUACGGGAUCACAACUAAUGCCAAAAGUUUUACACAGGAGAAGGCCUAGAGGCAUUAUUCAGGAAGUGGCUAAAAUGUGAAUGCCUAGAAUACACCUGAAAUUAUGCUAUGUCACUUCACUGCCCUUCACAUUAAAAACAAAACAAUAAAAAAUUAAUUCAAAGGGCUUGACUAGUGUCUUGAAGUGUACAAUAUGAUUUCUCAUACUAAGCUGUAUGUGGCACUUUCAAAUAUAACAAACUGUUGCCUUCAGCUAAGGGGUUCUGUGAAUAGAUUAGGGCAUGAAAGAUUGAAAGAGAACUGAGACGCCUGAAAGGGUGACUGCAGUUUUAAUAUCUAUAGCAUGCACACUUAAAAAAAAAUCUAAAAUGUUUUAUAGGAGUGUUAAACUGACAGCUUAGAAUAGAAUAUUGUUAAUUAUUUGCUAACAGCUUUUUUUGGGGGGGGGAGGGGGGACCAGGAAAAAAUUGUGCCAAGAAAGUAGUUUACUGUGGGUUGAAUUGAUGCUGUUAAUGCAGCUGCAGUGAGUGGGCUGAUGUUUGCCUUCUUAACUGGAAAUGGAAGAUGCAGCUCCUGGGGUUGAAACAGUCUGGAUUCUUCAUCAGUUGUGUAUUUGAACCCAGCCCUUGCUCCUGCUUGCUAAGGCUCACCUUUUCACCUUCUAUUAAUGCACUAUAGAGAAGUCCACAGCUUUCCCAGUAUCUCAGGGUAUUCUGUAAUUACAGUUAAUGAAACUUCCUUAACAAGAUAAAUGAAAAUGUCACCACAUCAACUCACCUUUUCAGAGCAUGUCUAAUUACACUGGAGCAUCCUGCAUUGGCAGACCAUGCAUCUAACAUUGUAUAAGUAGCAAGGUGUUUAGAUUCAAGAACAACAGUACUAAGUAGAUAAACUGAUCCUCAGUUUAUAGUUAAGAAGUCUUAAUUUAGACUUUGUGCUGUGCUUUGUCAUAAAAAUGCAGCUUGCUUUGGUCUCUACAUACAAUAUUCUUAGAUUUAUGUAUUAUAUUCAAGGACUGCCGACAAGAGAGAUAAAGUGAGCUUAAUAAUCAAUUCUUCCAUACAAUAAACUUUAGAUUUAAAUUGAGGCUAACCAUCAUCCUAAAGACUACAUAUGUUCCUCCACUUAACCUCUCUUGUGCAUCUCAUAGACAUUGGGGACCCCAAUAUUCAUUUUAUAAUUUAUAGUCUUUAACAGUUGUAGAAAGGAGGUUAAAUAUUUGAUUGCAAAAAAAUUGCUGAACUUGUUUACUUGAUUCAGACAAAUGCUGGUACAUCAUGAGCAGUGUUACAGAACAGUUUGUGUAUAUUUACAAAUACUUGGUUAUAAGUUCAGAUGUAAUGCAAGUGCUAGCUAUAUUGUUCUUCAUUUAGGUGAGGUCUAGGUGGGUCUUUCCAUUGUGUGUAUCAGCCUUACUUCAAUCAGGGUUGACCCUGCUGCUUAAAACUAUUUUUGGCAGCGAGUUUGUGCAUAACUGCUGGGUUAAUCUGCAUGAAUCUGAAACAUGCUAGCAUUAUGAGUGAGAGUAUAUAUCCUGUGCUGUUUUUCCAGUAUGGAGAGAGAUGGAUUUUCUUCGCUGGGAGGACAAAACCAACUUCAGGCUCUCUGCAGUUAUAUCUGUCAUCCUGUUGCGUAAAAUGCAGUAGUGAUUUUCUGAUGACAUCCCUUCUGUGUUUUAGUGUCAUAGAUUAGAAAGUGUCUGAUGUAGAGUAAAUAGAAUAUGCUGGAGUUUUGUGAUGUAUCUUUUUUAUUUAACCUUGAAUUAGCUCCCAUUAGAUCCUCUGAAAACAGAAAAAAAAUAUUUGUAUGAAAGUUUAACCUGAAGUUACCUUCAUGAUUUUAGAUGCAGCAUAGCUCUUAUUUUUAAAAAAAUCUAUUUGUUGUUGGCCAUAUUCUUGUAUUGUUGUCCCUCUGUUGCCAACCUCAUUUUUCCUGCUAAAAAGCCCACAUUUUUAAAACUAGUUGAAUAACUUGCCAAUAAAAAAAUGCUGUGCCAUUUUAUCCUAGUUAGUGGUUACAUCAGAACUUACAAAAAAGUGAUGGGUGAGCUGCCCUGGCUUCUGUUGUGGAAAAUAGCUCAGUUACCUCUGAGGCAAUCCAAAUUUGGCCUACCCAGCCCUCCCCUGCAUGUACCCAAAUAACCCCCUCACCUACCUACCCAGCCCUUCCCCACAUUUACCUACCAGUCCCUCACCCCCACUUGCUUUGAGGGUAUGGCAGGUGGCAGCAGUGAGCUGUAGAGUUAGGAAGUGAAGAGAUCUUUUCCUCUCUCCUUUCUGGCCUGUUAUGCACUCGACAGCCACAGACAGCCACAAACACCCCUCGAGCAUGGAGUUUUCCUAAGGCUACUGGAAGGGCGGGAUACCUGCCUUUCUUUUCCAGUAGCUGGCUGCUGCCACCUAUGCCAGCACCAUAAAAGUGGUUGAAGGGAAGAGGGAUGUGUGUAGGGUGGUGGUGGUUAUAGAGAUAGGAGCUGGAAAACAAUUUGGAUUACAAUUUGAAUGAGAAAAUAAUUUGGAGGUUGCAAUCUUUUUGUAAUGGAGCAUUACUCAGUUUGGGGGAUGAGCCUCCUAAAACUUGUUCUUCUGAGCCAAGAAGGUAAGGAACAUCACUACUUGCCACUUGGGUGACAUUUUUAAUUAAAGUAAGAUAACUGAUGAUAUUUAAUUCAAAUUCCUGCUAGAUUGCUAAUUUUGAAAUCUGGUUCCUUAAAAUGAGCUACUGUUUAAGCAUGAGAAUUAGAGUGUGUAUUAGUGAAAAAAUCCACAUGUGGUGGUGACUCUGAAUUCACCUCUUUUCUAAUAUUAAAAGUGCAACUUGUCCAGGAAGAGGAAAAUCAGAGUUUAAAUCAAAGUGUGUGCAUAUUUCAUAAUGCUUUCUCUCAUUUUAUUAAUCUGUCAACGUAGCUGUCUCCAGGCACUGGGUGUUAUGCUUUGUAUAUGGUGUGCAUGUGUGUGAGUGACAGAGAAAGAGAGAGAGAUGGUAGUGUUGUGGGCCUACUUUACACUGGAGGGGUAUGUAUGUAUGCUUUAAUCUCUAAUAAAGAAGCUGCUUUUGAGUAGUUUGCCAUUUCUCAUGACGACUAUUACAACCAUUAAUACAUACACUUUUUCAAUAUGAUUGUUUGCUAAGUGUGAUUGUUCAGUUGUCUCUGUAGCUUGAUUGGCAUUUUAGUCUUUCGUAGCUAUGUUUGGUAAAUAAUGCAAGUUGGACAUUCAAGAAACCUUGGUGUAAUAUCACAGCCUCUUCUAAAGCUGACCUGAGCUCCUACUCGGAGGAAGCGUGGGAUGUAAAUUAAUUAAAUAAAUAAAUAAUCUUCUUAA